AUCCCGUCGCGGAAGCAGCUUUUCUCCUCCGAUCGCGACCUCGCUUCGUCUUCGUCCUUCGCUGCCACCCCAUGGCUUCCCUCGCCUUCUCAGGCUCCCAAUCCGCCGCGAAGCUCGCCGAUCGCGCGCUCGGCUCCGGCCCCCGCGCGGCUCCGCUCGAGCUCUCCGUCCCGCGCGCGGCUCGCGGGCGGGCGGCGAUGACCGCGAGGAGCUGCCACGGAGCGCGGACUUUGGUCGGUAAUAGCAGUGGAGCUUCCGAUAUGCCGGUGCUGACCGGUUCAGAGGCUGUCGAGCGGCUACAAGCGAAGCGGAGAGGUUGGAAAGGGAAGCAGCAGUAUCUCGCCAUGUACUCGAGCGUGGUCGGCGGGAUCGUGACGGACCCGGCGGCUAUGGUGAUCCCCAUGGACGACCAUAUGGUUCACCGGGGACACGGCGUCUUCGACACCGCCGCGAUAAUGGACGGGCAUCUCUACGAGCUGGACCAGCACCUCGAUCGAAUUAUAAGAUCGGCAUCCAUGGCGAAGAUUGGUCUUCCCUUCGAUCGGGAAAGCAUGAAAGGGAUCCUCAUUCAAACCGUGAGCGUUUCCAAGUGCAGGAAAGGGUCUCUGAGGUACUGGCUUUCGGCUGGCCCCGGUGAUUUCCAACUUUCUCCUUCCGGUUGCGCCGAGCCUGCUUUGUACGCCAUCGUGAUUCAAGAUCAGUCACCAUUUGAUUCGAGGGGUGUCAAAGUGGUUACUUCGUCAGUUCCGAUAAAGCCUCCUCAGUUCGCCACCAUGAAGAGUGUCAAUUACCUCCCGAACGUGCUGUCGAAGAUGGAAGCCGAAGAAAACGGCACUUACGCGGCCAUAUGGUUAGAUAACGAAGGGUUCAUCGCCGAAGGGCCGAACAUGAACGUGGCAUUCAUCACGGAGGAGAAGGAACUCCUGAUGCCGCAUUUCGACAAGAUCCUCAGUGGGUGCACCGCGAAAAGGGUCCUGACCAUUGCCGAGGCGCUGGUGAACGAGGGUAAACUUCGGGGGAUUAAGCUGGGGAACGUGACGGUAGAGGAAGGAAAAGCAGCGGAAGAAAUGAUGCUUAUCGGCAGCGGAGUUCUCGUCCGCUCCGUCAUCCAGUGGGACGAGCAGGUGAUAGGCGACGGUAAAGAAGGUCCCGUAACUCAGUCUCUCCUGGAUGCCAUCAUUGAGGACAUGAAAUCAGGAUCCUCGUCAGUCCGUACUCCCGUCCCGUACUGAGCGCCAAGCCGAGACGGCCCCUACCGCACGAUUCAUGAAAGAUUUUGACGUGGGAAUCGCUAAAUGAGCGGGUGUCUAUGCGCCUGUCCGACGCAGCUUUUCAUUAAGUUAAAAAUCGCGAUAGGACACAGGAUUUGAGGCAAAUGUCCAAACCGUUGACAAUGAUGUACAGCUACGUAGUUCCUUCCGUAGGUCUUGUGAAAGGGUAUGCUCGUCGUUGUUGAUAAAUUGUAUGACUCGAAUGUAUUAUGACAAAGCAACUUCUGGGGAAGAAAACGCUGUGAACUAGCCAGUGUUACUGCCA